AUGGAAAUUGAUUCUGGAGCAUCGUGCUCAAUUGUGAGUGAAGAAACGUUUCGCUCUAUCGAGGGAAAGCAAAGUAAAAUACCCCUUCGAGAAUCAAGCACAACACUCGUAACCUGGUCAAAGGAGGCGUUGCCUGUAGUUGGUUGCGCAAGUGUUGUGGCGGAAUUCAAGGGUCGGACGGCAAAGCUGCCUUUGUUGGUAGUGAAGAGUUUGCUAGGGCGGAACUGGUUUAGGCCGUUGGGCAUUGGGCUGCAUGGAAUUCAGCAACUGAAUGUUGAAGAGGUCACUUCACGAUUUUCUGAGGUGUUUCGCAAUGACCUUCCUGGCUUCAAUGGACCGCCAGUGCACAUCGAACUGAAAGACGACGCCAAACCAAAGUUCCUCAACAGUCGUACAGUUGCACUAGCACUGAAAGACGAUGUGGCCAAGGAAGUGGACCACUUGGUGCUACAAGGAGUCUUGGAACCAGUCGAGUACUCCAACAGGGCAACUCCGCUCGUGGUGGGAUCCACCCGAGCCAAAGCAAGACUGAUGCCAUCCAGCAAGCGCCAACGCCCACUAGCAAGAAGGAGCUGCAAGCCUUUUUGGGGCUACUGAACUUCUAUAGCAGUUUCCUCAAGGGCAGGACCGAAGCAGCAGAACCUCUAUACCGGCUCCUAGACCACGACCACAAAUGGGAAUGGAAAGGUGAGCACCAACGAGCUUUCUAGAAGCUGAAGAAGCUACUUAGCUCCGAUGCCGUACUUGUUUCUUAUGACCCCGAGCGUCCCUUGAUGCUGUGCUGUGACUCAUCCCCUGCAGGGGUGGGGGUGGUGCUGGCCCAUAGAGCAGCUGACGGGAGGGAGCAACCCAUAGCUUAUGCUUCACGAACUCUA